AUUUGAACGGUACUCGCGCCAAAUUUUUCUUAUCCCUCAUUCUCGGUCAUUAUCGCUCCAUAUAAAUAGGCGCUCCCUUUAUUCUCUAACUCAGAUCAUGUUUUGUAUGGAUAGGGAGCGUGGCUCCGCGUUUUCCUUACCUCCUCGCUCCGAUUUGGCCGUCCACUGUCGUAAUGAGAAAACGGAUGAGAUGGGACCUCGCACAAUAUGAAAGGGUUUCAGAGGACUCGGAUCUACGUGGACCUUACCCACAUGGUUCUGUUUUAGCGUCAAGUUAGGAUCCGGACGCUUUCUCAAACGUAAACUUGUUCUUGCCAUGGUUUUCAAGCGCGUAUAAAAUGUUCGGUCCUCCCUCUCGGUCACAAGCAGGCAUACAACCCACUAGAAUGUUUAGCUCUAUCCGCACUCUUGAUAUUUCCAUUGUCCUUAUCGGUUUGAUUUUUGCUUGGCGCUUCUUUCGGCGUACUCGUCGUACUGCGCCAUUUCCUCCUGGACCCAGAAGGACUCCCUCUUAUCGGAACCUUCUUGACAUGCCGCCCCAGAAAGAAGGCUUACCUUCGCUAAAUGGGGGGAAAAAUAUGGCGACAUCGCAUCAGUUUCAAUUCUUGAUAAGAAAAGCUCUAUUUACUCGGAUAGGCCACUUGUCGCGAUGGGGUGAGCUCGUCGGGUGGAAGCAUUCGCUAGGUCUUAUGCCUUAUGGUGCGCGUCUUCGGAACCAGCGUCGCCUAGCGCAUCAGCUAUUAGGAAAUAAUGCCGCUAUAAAACAGUUUCUGCCAAUGGUGGAGCUUGAGACACAUCGUUUUCUGAAGAGAAUCUCUGAUAAGCCUGAUGAGCUCCCUGCAUAUAUCCGGAAGACUGCAGGAGCCAUCAUUCUGCAGAUCUCGCAUGGAUACACUAUACAAGAAGAGAAUGAUCCGUUUUUUCUAGUCAAUCUUAUUCCAACCUUACGCCACGUCCCAGAAUGGCUUCCCGGAGCUGGAUUCAAGCGGACCGCUCGAGAGUGGGCGUCAACGCUAAGUGAUUUUGUGGAAAGGCCGCAUACUUAUGUAAAACAGCAAAUGGCUGCUGGAAACGCUCGUCCUUCUUUUACUUCGAGUCAGCUCGAAGGUGGAGUGAGUGCAGAGGACGAAUCUGAUAUCAAAUGGCUUGCAGGAUCUCUAUACGCCGGUGGGGCCGAUACUACCGUUUCAUCCAUUUAUGCUUUCUUCAAAGCCAUGGUUCUGUACCCUGAAGUUCAGGCCAAAGCACAAGCAGAGAUCGACGCCGUGAUCGGUGAUCAUCGAUUACCUCGCUUCGACGACAGAGAACGCCUCCCGUAUGUCAAUGCUCUAGUUCUUGAAGUCACCCGAUGGCACAGCGUAGGACCAACAGGAAUUGCUCAUUGUGCAUCGGAGGAUGAUGUUCAAUUCGGUUAUUUUAUUCCCAAGGGUACCGUGAUCUUGGCGAACAUCUGGAAAAUGCUUCACGACCCUACGGUAUACAAUGAACCAUUCAAGUUCAAUCCAGACCGAUUUAUUCGAACGGACAACAAAGAAUCCGAACUCGAUCCCUACAAAAUAGCGUUUGGAUUUGGUCGUCGGAUUUGCCCUGGAAAGGUACUAGCAGACGCCUCUAUUUUCAUUUCCUGCGCUAUGGUGCUGGCGGUUUUCGACAUUUCAAAGUAUUCUGAAAACGGCAUUGUGUUCGAGCCCGACACCGAACAUACAGCAGGGACUAUCAGCCAUCCCUCUCCGUUCAAGUGUACAAUCAAAGCUAGGCAGGAAGGCAUUGGAGCUUAUUGACGAGGAAAUAAUUGCAUGAGAAAUAAAGUAGUCACUCCGCCAACUCCUCAGAGAAUAUGCUCAGCAAAGUCAGUUUCUGCGCCUUUUUGUUGCAGAGGUGAAAUUAUCUUCACAUCUUGCGGCUAUUGCUUCUGAAAUUCACAACAUCUUGUCACUUCUUGUAAGCAUACAUACUAGCAACAAGCUCCGCUCGUGUACUCCAUCAAACAACAACAC